AUACAUCGCACGUGCGUGUGCGUAAGGGCCAUGGCCGCACUCUGUCAUCCAUUCUCGUGACCUCUGCGGCAUACGAUCGCAUCGGGUCACCGUUGGGAGCACGCGGAGAUGGCGACGGUGCGAGUAUUGCAUCUAGUGGAAGGAAUAGUGUCCACUUCACUAUUAGUCCAGAGGCUCAGAUGUCGCUGGAGAACAUAGUGGACUUCGAACCGCUGGACCCUAAUUUGCCCGAGAUGGAGGGCACAUUGAUGAAAUGGACUAACUACAUUGGGGGCUGGCAGGAGAGAUGGGUAGAACUGAGAGACGGCAACAUCUACUACUACCGUUCCAGAGACGAAAUGGACAAUUGCAGAGGUUCCGUGGACCUCGAAGAAGCAAUUGUGUCUGCCCAUGAGUUCGAUGAGUUGCGGUUCGACGUGUCGCUCAAAGACACGACCUUCUACUUCCGCUGUCCUACCAAGAACGAGGCCGAGAAUUGGUUAGACGCAUUGGAACAGACCAAGGUAUAA